CUCAAGCUCUAACAUGGAGCUUUAGAGCCACGGACGUGGGAGCUGUGACAGGUUGGCCUCCCAAGGAGGACAGCCCUGCAUGGGCCAUGCCCGAGGGACGGCGGACGUCCGAGCCAAGAAGGCGAUCCAUGACGGUCGCCGAGCAGGCGAAGGCCACCUUGGAAGCGCUGGCGGUGCAGGCGGGCUUGCCAAAGAAGAGCGCGGUAGAACAGCUGCACGAGAUCGCCUACCAAGCGGGUUGCUCCAGCGUGCUGAGGGCCUGGUACUUCUACUUAGACAAGGAUCAGAGCGGCCGUAUCGACUACAAGGAGUUUGACAAAGGCCUCAAGGAUAUGAAGUUCACAGGCAGCAAGGAGGACACGCUCAAGCUUUGGCAGGAGUUGGACUCUGACGCCUCCGGGGAGAUCUCCUUCGACGAGUUCGCCUACCCAGCGGAGGCGGAGCUGUGGCACAGCUUCCGGAAGUUCGCGGGCUCGAGCUUCACGGGCGGCAAGGACAUGAUCAAUCAGCUCAAGUUUUACUACGCUGACGUGAACGUACUGGACCCGCCGGUCGACGAGGUGCUGCAUGAGCGCGAGUUCUGCGAGAGCCUCGCGGGCUUCGGCUGGACCCAAGGCGGGGAAGCGAUCCUCUUCGAUGCUUUCAGCUUCCACGACGCCUCGAGCAAGUGCAUCUAUGCCAAGUCCCUUAGGUGGUUGGACAGAGAGGCCAAGAUCUGGAAGUUGAAGCAAGCGGCCAAGAAGAAGGCGGAGAAGAUGGCAGGCCUGAAGCGGCGCAGCAUGCAGGAGGCCCAGCUGGCGUUGCGGAGCUUCAAGACCUUCCUGAAGAAGCAGUUCGGCAACUUGCUGCGGGCCUGGCGCAAAGCCUUGGACCUGGACGGGUCCAUGACGCUCCAGCGCUCCGAGCUCUUCAAGGCGGUGAAGGCUUUGAACUGGAAGGGCAACUGCCGGGCCUUGUGGAAAGCCCUGGACCACGACGCCAGCGGCAUCACCACCAUCGAGGAGUUGGACCCCUACUCCGCGCAGGUCCUCGCGCAGUUUCGGGAGUGGGCAGUGUCCCAAGUGGAGAACUCCAAGAAGCCCAGCGAUGCUUUCGACGUUCUCGACCGCCAGCGCCGCAAGAAGCUCUCCCAGGGUCAGAUUCAGCAGGAGUUGGAGAGCCGGGGCUUCACGCGGAAGGUGCGGCAGCUGGUGCUGAUGCUGGAUUGGCAAGACAAGAAAUACAUCACUGGCAGUGAUCUCCACUUCUUGGACGUUUGGCGCCCGCCAGCAUGGCUCACUGGCACGCCGGACGCUGCAGCGGCGGAUGCCUUCCGGAAACAGCUGGUGGCGAAGCAUGGCCAGAUCUUGAAGGCUUGGCGCUUUGCCAUGGACAAGGACGGGUCCAACAGCUGCAAUUGGCAUGAGUUCCAAGAGGCGGCCAAGUUGGUGCGGUUCCACGGGAAUUUGGCGGCCGCCUGGCUGGCGCUGGACGCAGACCUCUCCGGCUCCAUCUCUCUCAAGGAGAUCGAUGAGGAGGCCAAUGAGUGCCUGGUGGAGUUCAAGCGCUGGGCAGAUUCUGAGUUCGGGGGGGUGCACAGCACCUUCAAGGUCCUGGACUCCGAUGGGUCCGGGUCCCUGAACUUCAGGGAGUUCAAGGCGGCCUGCAGGACUUAUGGCUUCACUGGAGACUGCAAGCUGCUCUUCCAGUGCCUGGACCAGGGGGAAGGCACCCUUCAGCCCCACGAGGUCUUCUUCCUGGACAAGUGGGUCCUCGAUGACUUGACCGAGGAUGGCCUGCCGGAGGGCGAGCUUGAUAAGAGGCGGCUAGACCCGGACGGGGAUCGCAUGUUGGAGUACUUCACUGACAACCCCGGGCCGGGUCAGUACACCCUGCCCGGCAGCUUCGCGCAGAAGGACGUUUGCCCCAUCGCGCGGCACUGUGGGUCCUUCACCAUGCAGGGCCGCUACCCGCUGCGCCAGCGGCAAGUGGUGAGCCCGGCCAACUACUCGCCUUCGCUGAAGCCCACCUCAAGGCAUUGCCCUGCCUGGACCUUUGCGCGCCCCUCCACUGCGGAGCCCAAGAUCCGCUCGGGGAAGGGCC